AUGGAAACGGAGGAAGAUCAGUCGGGUUUGAUGGUCGACGAGAUCUACGCGAACGGCGGCGGAGCCGUCACCAACGACGGUUCCAAUCGCCAACGGCCGAUCAUUAACGGCGAACAGCUUGAUGUCGAGGCCUACGCCUCUCUGUACAGCGGCCGCACCAAAAUCGUGCGUCUGCUCUUUAUCGCUGACCGCUGCAACAACGUUUCGAUGCAACUGGAAGCUCUGCGAAUGGCCUAUGAAGAAAUUAAGAAGGGCGAGAAUACGCAGCUGUUCCGCGAGGUUGUUCAGAAGAUCGAUGGACGUUUGGGGCCAAAUUACGGGAUGGAUUCUGCGUGGGCGUAUGCAGUGGACCGCCGGGCCGAGCAGAGGAAGGAGAGGCUCGAGAAUGAGCUCAAUGCAUAUAGGACAAAUCUGAUCAAAGAGAGCAUUAGGAUGGGAUACAAUGAUUUUGGAGAUUUCUAUUAUGCUCAUGGGCAACUUGGGGAGGCUUUGAAGAAUUAUGUCCGGACACGGGAUUAUUGCACAACAGCAAAGCAUAUAAUUUACAUGUGUUUGAAUGUUAUUCUUGCGAGCAUUGAGAUGGGUCAGUUCACCCAUGUCUUGAGUUAUGUUACCAAAGCAGAGCAAGCUGUUGAUUCCUUAGAUAAUGCUACAGCCCCUAAACUUUGUUGUGCUGCUGGGCUGGCUCACUUAGAGGCUAAAAAAUAUAAACUUGCUGCUCGGAAGUUCUUGGAAGUUGGUCAAGAACUAGCGAAUGAGUACAAUGAAGUAAUUGCACCCCAAGAUGUUGCAACAUAUGGUGGCCUUUGUGCACUUGCAAGUUUUGAUCGAGCAGAACUGAAGAGCAAAGUUAUAGACAAUGUUAACUUCAGAAAUUUUUUAGAGUUGGUACCUGAGAUUCGAGAACUUAUCCAGGAUUUCUACACAAGUCGUUAUGCAUCAUGUUUUGGGUAUCUUGAAAACCUCAAAACAAACCUAUUGCUUGACAUUCAUUUGCAUGACCAUGUUGAGACGCUGUAUAAUCAAAUCCGCAACAAAGCUCUCAUCCAAUAUACCCAUCCCUUUGUCUCUGUUGAUCUGCACAUGAUGGCCAAUGCUUUCAAGACUAAUGUAGCUGGGUUGGAAAAGGAACUUGAAGCCUUAAUUACUGAGAAUGAAAUUCAGGCUAGAAUAGAUUCUCAUAAUAAGAUUCUUUAUGCAAGGCAUGCUGAUCAGAGAAAUGCAACCUUCCAGAGAGUCCUGCAGACCGGUAGGGAAUUUGAUCGAGAUGUGAAAGCUAUGCUUUUGAGAACAAGCCUUCUGAAGUACGAAUACAACCAUAGAUCAAGAAAACAUUGAAACAUAUGAAAAGCUGAGCGUGAAAUUGAAAUUUGUUUGAAAUCUUGAAUUUUUUGUUUUUUGGUCCUCAAGGAUUGUUUUUGCUGGUACACAAUUUUCCAAUUGAUUAGUAGACUAUACUCUCAUUGAGCUGGAAUUUUGUGAUUACAUCUUCCUCAAUCUCUGUCAAAAGUGAUAGGAAAUUGUCUACCCACACCAAUUUUAUAUGAAAUGAAAUAUGUACAUUUUGAGAGACUAA